GUUACAACACAUAGAAACGUCUCGCAUUUUCCUUCCUCAUUUCUCAUUUCUCUUCAUUUUCCCUCAUCACCGAUUUUCCUUCGUCUCGAAGAAACCCCUCUCUAUCUCUCUCUCACACAGUGUUCUCAGUUUCAUGCAAAAUCGCCGAUGCUAGAAUCAGAGCUUCACGACCUCUCCGACGACGCCGAUUACGCCGCUGCGUCGCAGCAACAAGGUUCUUCUAGCACGAUGCUACGGAGCGAUAGCGCCAAGCAAAGCUCAUCGUCCAGUGAGCGAGAGGGUGCUGAGAUUGUGUUUUUGAAGGAUAAUGUUGCAAUUCAUCCGACUCAGUUCGCCAUCAGUGGGAGACUCAAGUUGAUUAAGCAAGGCGCUGCUUUGUUUAUGACUUGGUUGCCUUACAAAGGCCAUGGUUCAGAUGAUGGGAUCUCUGAUAAAGACAGAAGCCUCUACACCAUUAGUGCGGUGCCCUUCACUGACAUCAGGUCCAUUCGGAGGCAUACCCCUGCUUUUGGGUGGCAAUAUAUCAUUGUUGUUCAAUCAUCAGGACUUGCUCAUCCUCCACUCUACUUUUAUAGUGGAGGAGUCAAAGAAUUCCUUGCCACAGUAAAACAACAUGUUCUUCUUGUGAGAUCUGCUGAAGAUGCAAAUGUAUUUCUUGUGAAUGACUUUCAGAAUACACUGCAGAGGACAUUGUCUUCCUUGGAGCUGCCAAGGGCUGUUUCUCUUGCAUGCGGACCUUCAAAUACACCUCUCAAUGAAUCCUCUUUGAAUGAGAACCAGGAGAACGGUGAUAGUGGUGUCUAUAAUGGAAGUGCCAGUGUUCCUCAGUUCCAUGGGAGGCCAAGACAUAAAGUUCAAGAUCCUGCUCGGGACCUCUCUAUUCAAGUUUUGGAGAAGUUCUCUCUUGUCACAAAAUUUGCCCGUGAAACAACUUCACAACUCUUUAGAGAAAACCAUAGCAAUGGGUUUAGUGUCCAUGAGAGGAGAACCCAUAUCCAGAGUAACCUUGAUCCUCCGAAGAAGUCUUCCAAUGUUGCAGAAAACAUUUCUGAUGAAAGUCCUGCUGUCUUAGAUUCUCAGGAGUUUGAUAAACUAUCACUGGUAUGGGGAAAACCACGGCAACCCCCUUUAGGUUCUGAAGAGUUGAUUACUUUCUUGGAUUCUGAAGGGCGAGUCACAGAUUCAGAAGCUUUUAGGAAGAGAAUAUUUUAUGGUGGACUUGACCACAAAUUACGAAUUGAGGUUUGGGGUUUGCUUUUGGGAUACUAUCCCUAUGAAUCAACAUAUGCUGAGAGAGAAUACCUGAAGACAGUUAAGAAGUCAGAGUAUGAAACCAUAAAGAACCAGUGGCAGAGUAUCUCCUCAGCACAGGCUAGAAGAUUCACAAAAUUUAGGGAAAGGAAAGGGCUUAUUGAGAAAGACGUGGUGAGAACUGAUAGAUCACUCAAUUUUUAUGAGGGGGAUGAUAAUCCAAAUGUGAAUGUUCUGCGAGAUAUCCUGUUGACAUACUCAUUCUACAACUUCGAUCUUGGUUAUUGUCAGGGUAUGAGUGAUCUUCUGUCUCCAAUACUGUUUGUGAUGGGUGAUGAAUCAGAGGCAUUUUGGUGUUUUGUUGCGUUAAUGGAGCGCCUUGGGCCCAAUUUUAACCGUGACCAAAAUGGAAUGCACUCUCAGCUUUUUGCAUUAUCAAAGUUGGUGGAGCUGCUGGAUAGUCCAUUGCAUAACUAUUUUAAGCAGCGUGACUGCUUAAAUUACUUCUUUUGUUUCCGCUGGGUUUUGAUUCAAUUUAAAAGGGAGUUUGAGUACGAGGACACAAUGCGCUUAUGGGAAGUAUUAUGGACGCACUAUCCGUCCGAGCAUCUACACCUCUAUGUAUGUGUGGCAGUGUUGAAACGAUACCGAAACAAAAUAAUAGGAGAGGAAAUGGACUUCGACACCCUCUUGAAGUUUAUUAAUGAGCUAAGUGGUCACAUUGACCUGGAUGCAACCCUCAGAGAUGCAGAGGCUCUAUCCAUAUGUGCUGGUGAGAACGGUGCAGCUCGUAUACCACCUGGAACCCCACCAUCCUUGCCUGUUGAUGAUGGUUCAUUUUACGUCCAACAAGAUGAUGAAGUUUUGUAAAUAAAUUCACGGUUAUCUUAAAUAUCUUUAGCGAUACAUGAAUAUAUUGAUCUCAUUGUGUAUUGCCUGAUUUGAUUACAAUAUGGUCUUAGCAUAUUAAAUGCAAUUCUUAACUAGAUUUGUACUUUUGAGUCAAA